AUAAAAUGCACGAAACAAACAUCUCCGCCUGCUCACAUUUUCACGGCAGCUAGCUUCUUUGAGUCAUUCUCUUUCCAAUUGAACACUAAUUUUUGUUCCAGCCGUGAGCCGAUUCGUUCACUCUUCGCGGUUCCUAGGGUUUCAAGCUUUCUCGUCCUCAACUGGUUUUUGAUUUUCUAUUAAUGGCAGAAGUGAUGAACAUGCCCGUCGAAUCUAUCGAUCGCCGUCGCGAUCGCCAGUCCGAGAGGAAAGAGAAAUCGAACGACGACGACGACCUUCCACCUCCACCACCGCUUCCUCCCCCGUCGAGGAGAAGGGACAGAGAUUCUAGGGAGAGACGUGACGACAGGGACAUCGAUCGUCCUCCUAACCGCCGUGGUGGCGUCGAUUACCACGACCGGAACCGCUCUCCUCCGCCAAAGGAGAGGGAUAGGGAUUACAAACGUCGAAAUAGUCCUAGUCCUCCUUAUCGUGACAGGCGCCAUUCUCCUCCUCGGCGGUCUCCUCCACCACCGCCUUUCAAGCGCUCAAGGAGAGAUGAUAGUGGUUACGAUGGCCGCCGUGGAAGCCCUAGGGGUGGUGGCUUUGGACCGGACGAUAGAAGGUUUGGAUAUGAUUAUGUUGGGGGAUAUGAUCGUGGUACCGGUGGGGGCAGACCUGGAUAUACUGAUGAAAGGACUCAUGGUCGGUAUAUGAAUCGAUCAUCUGGUGGUUAUCAAAGUGGGUUUUCAGAUUGGGAUUCAGGUCGUGGAGGUUAUGGUGAUGCUUCAAACACAGGGAAUGCACAAAGAGAAGGCUUGAUGACUUAUAAGCAAUUCAUUCAAGAGCUUGAAGAUGAUAUACUACCAGCUGAAGCUGAACGCAGGUAUCAAGAGUAUAGAUCAGAGUAUAUUUCGACCCAGAAGCGUACAUUUUUUGAUGCACAUAAAGAUGAGGAAUGGCUGAGAGACAAGUAUCAUCCAACAAAUUUGCUGUCAGUCAUUGAAAGGAGGAAUGAAAAUGCUCGAAAAAUUUCAAAGGACUUUUUGCUAGACCUACAAAGUGGAACAUUGGACCUAGGACCUGGCAUCAAUGCCUUAUCAUCAAACAAAUCAGGUCAAGCUAGUGAUCCCAACUCUGAAGAUGAAGCAGAUGGUGGUGGCAAAAGAAGAAGACAUGGUAGGGGACCGGUUAAAGAAAAUGAUCUUCUUUCAGCUGCUCCUAAGGCUCACCCAAUCAGUUCUGAACUUAGACGAAUUCAAGUUGAUAUUGAACAAGCACAGGCUCUUGUUCGUAAGCUUGACACAGAAAAAGGGAUUGAGGAAAACAUUCUUGGAAGCAGUGAUCAUGAUAAAAUGGAUGGUGAGAAAUCCCAUGGAGGGCCGAUUAUAAUUGUGCGGGGUUUAACCUCUGUAAAGGGCCUUGAGGGGAUUGAGUUAUUAGAUACACUUAUUACUUACCUCUGGCGAAUUCAUGGUGUGGAUUACUAUGGCAUGAUUGAGACAAAUGAUGCCAAGGGUCUUCGGCAUGUGAGGGCAGAGGGCAAGAGCUAUGAUGAAACAAAUACAAAUGCAUCUGAUUGGGAGAAGAAACUUGACUCAUUUUGGCAAGGGAGAUUGAGGAGUCAAGAUCCUUUGGAAAUAAUGACUGCCAAGGAGAAGAUUGAUGCAGCUGCUGUUGAAGCUUUAGAUCCAUAUGUCAGGAAGAUAAGAGAUGAAAAGUAUGGGUGGAAGUAUGGUUGUGGAGCCAAGGGUUGCACAAAGCUCUUCCAUGCUGCUGAAUUUGUUCAUAAGCAUCUGAGGUUGAAACAUCCAGACCUGGUUAUGGAGCUAACUUCAAAAGUGCGUGAAGAUUUAUAUUUCCAAAAUUACAUGAACGAUCCCGAUGCACCUGGUGGGACACCUGUCAUGCAGCAACCUCUUCCGAAGGACAAGCUGCAGAGGCGUAGAACUGGUUCAGAUAACCGAUUCAGAGAUGAUCGGGGAAGCCGGAGGGAGCAUGACAGGGCAGACAGAGGUGAUGAUGAAAGAUAUGAUAGAUCUGAAAAUUCACCAUCUCGUGAUUUCCAGUCUACUGGUGGAAUGGAAGGGGGAAACCCUGAUGAGCCAAUGUUUGAUACCUUUGGUGCACAAGGCAUGCGUACUGCACCAUCAUUUCCCUCAGAUAUGCCCCCUCCUCCUCCAGUAUUAAUGCCUGUUCCGGGUGCUGGUCCUCUAGGACCUUUUGUUCCAGCCCCACCUGAAGUUGCUAUGCGGAUGUUGAGAGAGCAGGGGGGGCCAUCUCCUUACGAAGGCAGUGGUAGGAAAGGGCGGCCUGGCCCUCAAAUUGGUGGUCCAGGCCCGUUACUUGCUGUUUCUCCGGCUUUUCGACAAGAUCCUCGACGCAUACGAAGUUAUCAGGACUUGGAUGCCCCAGAAGAUGAGGUCACUGUGAUAGACUACCGGAGUUUGUAGGAACAACGCUCAGCUUCCCGAGAAUGUUAGAUGUCUGCAAUGACAAGGGAUCAUUCGUUUCAUGCUUUCCUAUUAAUGGCUACUUUACGAGUGGAAUGGAAGUUGCCACAUAUUUUGUACCAUAGUAGGAUAUGAAACUGGUUGCCGGUGCUAGUCAUAAUUGGAGUUGCUAAUAGCUAUCUAUGUUGCUAUAGUUUUACGGUACCCUGAUGGAGCCUUAAGGGAUUGAAUUUCGAACUUGAGGCCCAAGUUUGGGGGGUUCUGUCAACUUGUGGCAUUGUUGAAGUUUUAUUUCACUUCUGUCCUUGAACCAUUGUUUCUUCUCUAUCAAUUAAUGGAAAAAGUAUGUAGCUCAUAAUAAACUGAAGCUGAAAAAAGCGAGAAAAAAAAAGAACAAAGGGAUUGAAUUUCGAACUUGGGGCCCAAGUUUGUGAUUCUGUCAA